UUCACGCCUCCCUCGACUGGUUCUUGGUCACGUACGAAAAUGUUUGGAUUAUAGCGAUUCCACAAAAUUGAAUUUAGACGGAAUAUGAGCGGCCAGAAGCACCUGCGAUUGCGCUACUACACGUCGCUGGAGGAGGCCAUGCUGCUGCGACUGUGGCGCGAACACCUGCACGCUAUACCCUCCUACACGGAUAACCUGCCCAUUUUCCGGGAGAUCGCGCACGGCCUGCAGCAGAACGGCGUUCGUCUUAACAAGCAGGAGGCUCGCCGGCGCAUGAACAGCUACCGCAACAAGUAUUUGAACGAUCGCAACCGCGUGGGGAGCAAUGCGAACUUCGCGAAUGACUGGCGUCUCUACGCGCUGAUCGAUUGCCUCUUCUCUCCUGCCCGGCCGUCGUCCGCGUUGUUCCAUAUCCGCAAUGUGCUGGAGACGAUCCGUGCGACAGCACGUGUGGAUUUGCCCGCCCUGCCGCCACUGCUAUUCACCUCGUCCGCCCAGCUGAAAUUCGAGCGCGAUGCAGAGGGAUGCACCUUCCUCGAUGACCAACCCCCAAUGCACGCAGUAGUGAAGACAGAGCCUUUGCAAGACGACUACCACCAGGUGGUGAAGAUUGAACACAAGCCCACAGUGGAGCAGCUGGAAAUUGCGGCUAGCCACUACCUGCAGAGAGCUGCUGCCGAAAGUGUCAUACGGCGGGCGCCUCUCACGCCUGCCAACCACAUCCUGCCCGAGCCGGAGGAUGCGCCAUAUGGAGGCCACACCAACGGCGGCCAGACGGACCCCGAACGUUCGGCGAGCAAAAGGAGACGAGGCCGACGUAGUAUACUGCCGUACUCGGGCAAGAUCACAAUGGCUAUAGUGGAGGAGCUGCGCAAGGAGAACAAUAUGCUCGAGCAGCAGAACGACGCCUGUCUGCAGGCGCUCGUCCACAAGGAGAAGCAGUUCCUGGCCAUGAAGCAGAACUUCCUGGCGUAUAUGGAGCGGCAGGAGGCACUGCUGGCGUUAAUACAGCCGACGACCAUCAAGCUGGAACCCUGAUCCCGACUACUAGCACCAUGUGGUAAGGACAAUGUAUGGCAGGUUUAGCUUUAAGUAGGGAAUAGAGUCGCGACGCUCGACUCUGUGUGUGUUUUUCAAUUCGUUCCUUUCUCAGACACAGAGGUCUAAUUCACUCGACGUACAAAGCAGCAGCAUAGCGAACCGAAGAUAUUAUAAAAUUUUUCAAACGUUUCUAGCGUCAUAAUUGUAAAUUGUAUGAAGAAUCGUCUUCGCAAAAUUUAAGUUGAGUUAAAUUAAAAACUUUGUUUUAAGACGAA